AUGCCCUCCUAUGACUCCGACAUCGAUCUCGACGGCGAUGACGGUUACAAGCCUCCCAACCACAACGCCCACCGUCGCCACUCCUCAACGGGUGGCAUCUCGCGCUUCUCCCGGCCCCUUAUCGAUUCAGUUCGCAACGGCUGGCAGACCACCGCAUCCUAUCACCCCCUCUCCGUCUCUCCUGACAACGUCAAAACCCCUCGAUGGCUCGAGAUCGCUCUGUCCAUAAUCUCCGCGCCGCGCUUCCGCCGCUAUGUCCUUGUCUAUUUCGGCCUCUUUCUCCUCGGCUGGGCUGGCUGGGGUUUGAUUCUAUACCCACGUCUACAGGAGCGCAGUCAGUUGCUGCACUCACUUGAUCCGACUUCGAAAACGGAAACUGGUGGUUGGUUCGGGAGCAAUUCGCUGCCCCGAUUUGACGACCUUAUCCAGCUCCGUACCCUGGAUCCAGCACUGCUUCCCGUGGCUCCGCUGGAGGGCGAAGGUGCUGGGAGCGAGAAGCGAUUGGUGAUCGUCGGAGAUGUGCAUGGUUGUAAAGAAGAGUUGCUUGAAUUGCUGGCGAAAAUCGAUUUCUCGACCACGGGCGGUGACCACCUGGUCUUUGCGGGCGACAUGAUCAACAAGGGUCCCGACAGCAGCGGCGUGAUUGACAUUGCGCGCGAAAUGGGCGCUUCGUGUGUGCGCGGCAACCACGAGGACCGCGUCUUGCUUCUACGGCAUCAGAUGGUUGAGGCGAAUUCACUUACUGGAGAGGACGUGCAUGAUGUCAAGAUGCACGAUAUCUCGGAGAAAGAGGCGCUGGAGCGCGCACUGGCCCGCUCGCUCAAUGACGAUCAGGCUGACUGGCUGAAUAGUUGUCCGGUGAUCCUCAACGUCGGUCCGAUUCCGAGCAUGGGCCAGGUCGUUGUUGUGCAUGCGGGUCUAGUACCUGGCGUGGAUCUUGAGAAGCAGGAUCCGUCAACGGCAAUGACCAUGCGGACCAUCCAUUUGGAUACCCAUGUGCCCAGCUCGUCAAGCAAGGGUCUGAAUUGGGCCAAGCACCAGUCCCUCCUCUACUCGAGUCUCAAGUCCUCCCACGCAGACCCGCGUUCCCAAACCAUGACAGUUAUCUACGGUCACGACGCCAAAACAGGCCUCAAGAUCCGCACCCAUACAAAGGGCCUCGACUCCGGCUGCGUCAAGGGCGGCAAGCUGACUGCACUCGUCAUCGAAGGCGGCGGUAAGCAGAGCCUAGUGCAAGUGCGUUGCCGUGACUAUUCUUAA